UUAAUUUGAUUUUCUGUUUCCCACCCGACUCCUGAGUUUGCUUCGAGCUUCAUGACUAUGCUUCUAGAUAGCGGUCCGCAGUUCGCAUCGUUAGGAGUGGGGGGCUUCGGGACGCCACGGCACCACGACAUCGGGAACAGGGACCCGGGUCUGGGACUGAAUCCCUUCUCUGAUUCCUCCCACUCCGCGGCUUUCAAAAUAAGCCCCGUGGCGCACGACAUCGCAUCCAGCCAGACAUCAGCUUUCACUCCGCAGGCGACUGGAUACGCGGCCGCUUUGGGACACUCGCACGGCGGGCAGGUGGGCUCGUAUGGCGGGGGAGCGUUCAACUCGACGCGGGACUUUCUCUUCCGGAACCGGGGCGUCGGGGAGUCCCCAGCUCCGAGUGCCCAGCAUGGGAUCUUUGCAGCCUCGACGGGGAGUCUGCACGGGCCGCCCGGGAUCCCCGACAACCCCGGACAUUUGUUGUUCCCUGGACUUCACGACCAGGGAGUGAGCCACACUUCACCGAGCGGACACGUUGUAAACAGCCAGAUGCACCUCGGCUUACGCGGGGACAUUUUCGGAAGACCAGACCCAUACCGGCCGGUGGCGAGCCCCCGGACGGACCCGUACGGUGCUCAGCUGCACAACUACAACCACCCGAUCAACAUGAACAUGGGCAUGAACGUGCCGACGCACCACGGUCCGGGGGCCUUCUUCAGAUACAUGCGGCAGCCGAUCAAGCAAGAGCUGUCCUGCAAAUGGAUAGACGAGAACCAGAUGAAUAGACCCAAAAAGACGUGCGACAGGACGUUCAGUACCAUGCACGAGAUGGUCACGCAUGUGUCCAUGGAGCACGUCGGCGGCCCCGAGCAGAGCAACCACGUCUGCUUCUGGGAGGACUGCCCGAGGGAGGGCAAGUCCUUUAAGGCCAAGUACAAACUCGUCAACCACAUCCGCGUGCACACGGGCGAGAAGCCGUUCCCGUGCCCGUUCCCUGGAUGUGGGAAAAUAUUCGCCCGCUCGGAAAAUCUGAAAAUCCACAAAAGAACGCACACAGGUGAGAAGCCGUUUAAGUGUGAAUUUGACGGCUGCGACAGACGCUUCGCCAACAGCAGCGACAGGAAAAAGCACAUGCAUGUGCACACGUCAGACAAGCCAUACAUCUGCAAAGUGUGCGACAAGUCCUACACACACCCCAGCUCUCUCAGGAAACACAUGAAGGUACAUGAGUCUCAAGGUUCGGAAUCUUCCCCGGCAGCGAGCUCCGGAUAUGAAUCGGCCACUCCACCGGUGCUGGUCUCAGCCAGCACCGAGGACCCGACAAAAACACCGCCGUCAGCCGUGCAAAACACGCCUGGUCACAGCGAAGGACUGCCGCCCAACUUUAACGAGUGGUAUGUUUGAAGUCGUGAAGAGUGGAGCCUCUCCCUGCAGUUUGGACCAUGAGGAUGAACGAGGAGUGACUUAAAAUAAAACAAUUUUCUCUCUCAUACACACUCUUGCGCACGCACGCACACACACACACACACUCACACUUUCACAUACAAACAAAUGGGACUGGAACAACAACAACAACAUGGAGAUGAGAGCAAAAGCCAGCACCAAGCAGGCCACGUCCGUUCUCAGGAUCACGGAAAAAAAUGACUUUAUUCCGCAGUUUUAAAACAAAUCAUCCACGACUAAAUAAACUUUGUGAUUAUAAUUUUUUUGUUGUUUUUAUUUUUAAUCUUUUAGUUUACAGAUUUCAGAAAGCUUGUUUUAUUUUUUUCAUUUUAUGUAUUUUCUCAAAUUUUUAUUUAAGUAAAAAAAAAAGUAAUUAAAAAAUGAAAGAUUAUUUCACGCUGUUUUAUAUGACGGUGACGUCGCCUCCUUCGAUUGAUUGUUGAAACUUCAAAAACAGUCUUAAGAAACGUGCCAAAGUCUUUGUCAUGAACUUGAACGCAGAUUUAAAAAAAAAAACCUGAAAAUCCUAAAUAAAUAUUAUACUCGUGAAUGUAUUUUUUUCCUUGUUUGAUGGGGUCGCAUCUGUUGUCAACGUCCGUUUUCAGGUGGAGACAUGUGGUAUUAGGUUUACGAUUGUUACCGUUGAAUAUAACGUUGCCUUUUGUUUAUACCGUUGUAAAUACAUAUCCAUGAUGCCAUAUUUAUCGAUUUGUAAUUUAAUUAUGGGUAUAAGUUCUGAAACUUAAAUGAUAUUUAUGGAAAUGUUUUUCUAACAAGAUCUGUACAGUUUUUGGUCAUAACCAGCUUAACAUUGAACAAAUGAUAAACUCUUCUUUAAGCUCCAACAUCGCGAUUGUAUCCUUCUGUUUUCCUCUUCUUAACCAAUAGGCCUACAUGUGUCUUAUUUGGACCGAAUAGAAAAAAAAUCAUCUAUAUGAAUAUUAUGGAUUUGUCUAUAUAUAUUGCAGAUAUUUCAGUCACUUUUAUUUUCCUUAUGAGACCAUUGACAUGUAUAAAAAAAAAUCAUUGACUGUCUAGAACUGAGUUCAGUUGAGCUGAAAAGCUACAAAGCGGUUCUGUUUUAUAUAUUUGGUUCAGUUUAAACUUUUUUGUGGAUUUUUCUUUUAUAGGAUCAGAAAUAGAUGUCAAAUCUUAGAGGAGAAAAUAAGAUUUAAAAAAAAAAAGAAUGAACCCAUCAGCCUAUUGCACUCCUAUAUAUACAGGUCUUAGACGAGUUGUGCGCAGUUCAUGAUUAUCCAAAUCGAGUAUUUUUCAGUAUUCAUUUCAAUUUGAGGGGGUCAAGCACCCGAAAAAAUACGCCUGUAUGGCGACCUUUAUAGUUCCAGCAAAUGUCUUUGUGCGAAGUAGCCUUUGUUUAAAUGUCUGCAUCGGCAACAAUUGAACUGUCACGAUACAGUA